CGUCGCCCUCGUGCCCUUCCUCCCUCCUCCAUUCCUUCCCUCGCCUUCCUCCUCCCGCCGGCGCCGCCCGCCUCCCCGCCCCCGGAUCGCCGGCGCGCGCUCGAGAGAUGCGGGAAAUGCUCGAUCCUCCGCCGCGCCGCGGCCCGGCCUUCAAGACGAAGCUGUGCGCGCUGUGGAGGCGCGGCCCCUGCCCCCGCGGCCCCUCCUGCGGCUUCGCCCACGGCGAAGGCGAGCUCCGCACGCCGCCUCCCCACUCCACCUUCCCGCCGCGCGCUGGACCUGAACAGCGUGGCAUUCCUGCUGGUUAUUCCAUUGAUUUUACCACCCAAAUUAGCUGUCACCUGAGCAGAUUUCUUAGGAUUGAUCACUUCCAGAGGAUGACUCGUUCUAUUUGCAUUGCUUUCCUUUUCAGUCAGUGAACAUAUAUUUUGUGGUCACUUGCAUGGCCAUCCUCUUACCAGAGAACUUUAUUCAGGGAUAUCACGUGGUUCCUCAUCUCAAUCAGAUGCAUGAUAAGUUCAGUUUGCAAAAACCAUAUUGUUCAGCUUUGCAACCAAUUGUUCUUUGAAUAUGCUAGGAGUUCUGAGUUUUCUUCUUCGGCUUUAUUCUUGCCUGUCAUUCCAAGUGCUAUCACUGAGCAAGAAUAAUUAAAGUCAAUAUGGAAAUAUCUGGACAAGUUAAAUUAGAUUUACUUGGCGGUAUUGGAGUUGUGGAAGAUCUUUAUUCAUGGUAAUGAAAGCAUGAUGUCCAAAUCUGGAGUAUCAAUCAAUUUCACUUCAGAUGACUGAUGUUGCAAGUGCUGGAUCUAUUUUUAAGCGGUGCACCGCAAUGUGUAAUCAUAUGUUGGUAUCUCUUCUUGCAUUAGUCUUAUUGGCUCUUCCAUUUAAUGGCCUUUGGGGUUAUCCUGGACUCUCUACUACUUAUUGCUAAAUGACUAAUCAUAUGGCUCAAGGUUGUGGGGGGCGAGAUCAUAGAAUUCAUGAAUUUAGAGGCAGGCCUGAGAGAAGAAACUCACCCCGGCGGAGGUAUUCCCCUGACAGAGAUACCAGAGGCCAUUUGUUUCGUAACAAGAUGCCACCACAUUCUCGAGGAUCUAGUCAAUCAAGAUCUCCCAUCAGGAAGAGUGAGAGAAGGCCUAAGAAGAAAGUUGAUGGUGAUAAAAGUGAUUCAUCAGGAAGUUUCAACACCUCUGAAAAUGAAGAUAGAAAAAAAGAUGACAUACAUUCCAGCAGUGAUGAGAAGGAUGACGGCGAAGCAAAGCUGAAACAAAUUGCACUGGAUAUGAAAGCAUUGCAUGAAGAUAAAUCUAAACUACAGACGAUAUUGGACAAGAAAAUCGACGAAGCAGGCAUACUUUCUGGCAGAGUAGAUGAUCUUGAAUCACAGUUGAACAAAGAGAAAGAAGAUUGUGAAAGGAUGACCUCCAAAAUAAAGAAACUCAUCAAAGCAUAUGGGCGUUACGUGAAAGCACAGGAUGAUUUAAAAAGGUCUCAAGGCCGUUUUGAGAGGUUGGCUGAUUCGCUUGCUUCUGAUUCCUUGAAAUCUGGUACCAAAGAACAAGGGUCGAGUGUGAAUGCUGGUAAUGAUGACCCAUAUAAUGCUUAUGAAAUGAGCCCAGAUGAUCAGCGACAGAAGAAUGGUUCAGCAGCUAGAAAAAGAUCUGCUGCCCUUUCAACAAGCGAAGAAGAAAAAACUGGAAAGAAAAGGAGAGUGAAUGGUGACGAUAUGAUCCACGUGUCAGGGAAAUAUAGAUCAGAAGAUGCUCUGGAGUCUUUGAAAAAUAGCAAAGGAACUGAAUCUCUGAAGAAAUUAGGGGAUGAUGACAAUAAUGACGAACUAAAUGUCAUUUCUUCUGGCAAUGAUUUUACAGACAGGUACAAUGGCAACGAGGAGGAUGAUCCUGUGGACUUGUAGACUUGGGUGGUGGGUGGCAGAUUUCAGCACUAAGGAGUUAGAUUGAAACAUUGAAUGGACGAAAACCUGGGUUGCUUUGAAACCCAGUGCUUUUGCUAUAUCAUAUCCAGUUCUCUAUACAUCGGGCGGUCGAAGCUCAGUGUCCCCGCAGCUGUGCUCUGCAGCAGUUAGCUUACGUGAAGACAGAUAUUAUAGUAUUGCCAAAACAUAUUUUGCCUCAUGUGGAAGUUUUCUUCUUAAUAUCGCCGGAUCUUGAAGUUGCUACCUGAGCUUGUAUGGACCCUAUGACAGCCCUUCCUGAUAUUGUUUAGAGGUUUUGACACCCCUCACAUGUUACACUGCUGCUAUUUUAAAGGCCUACUUGUGCCUGUGGAAGUGAAAUGCAUUACUAUAUCACAUGCCACCUAUAUUUGCAAUGCAAUGCCAAUUUGGUCCCUGAACUUGAGGGUUACACAUUUA